GGGCGGGAAGUGUCAUUCUCCAUCAGUGUUUGUUAAACCAAUACAUUUUACACUUGCGUGUACACAUUGAAAGGAGAGUAGACAGCAACCAUGUCGUGUCCAGGGAAUAAAGACACUAAAGGAAGCUUGGAAAAAGACAACAAAACAUCCCAGACGACAGGUCCUAGUGAGAACCUUACAGAAACAGAUGGGUAUUUCUGCAGCAGUUCUUUCUCUAUGGACCCUGCGGAGGAGUAUAAGAUGAACCACAAGCGGCGAGGCCUGGCUCUCAUCUUCAACCAGGAGCACUUCUACUGGCAUCUGAGGAUGCCCCCCCGCAAUGGGACCAAUGCUGACCGCUCCAAUCUGGUCAAAAGAUUUGAGGACUUGAACUUUGAAGUGCAGGCCUUUGAUAAUCUGAAGGUGGAGGAAGUUCUGGAUCAAAUCAGUCAGGCUGCUGAGGCCAACCAUGCUGAUGCAGACUGCUUCGUGUGCGUCUUUCUGAGCCACGGAGAGAACGACCACGUCUAUGCUUACGACGACAAGAUCACUAUCCAGGACAUCACUGCCCUGUUCAAAGGAGACAAGUGUAAGAGCCUGGUGGGCAAGCCCAAGAUCUUCAUACUACAGGCGUGCCGUGGGGACAAGCAUGACGAUCCAGUGACCCCCAUGGACGUGGUGGACAGCGAAGUGAAGACCAACGAGGUGGUGGUGGACGCUGGGGUGGUCUACACCCUCCCUGCUGGCGCUGACUUCAUCAUGUGUUACUCUGUGGCUGAAGAUCUGACUGCCAUACUUGUUCCCGGUGUCCCUGUGCAGGCUACUAUUCCCACCGCGAGACGAUCAACGGCUCCUGGUACAUCCAGGACCUGUGUGGGGCCAUGCGGAAGUUCGGAGAUUCCCUGGAGUUCACGGAGCUCCUGACCCUGGUCAACAGGAAGGUGUCCAUGAGGAGCGUUGGGAAUUGUAACGACAAGACCGCCAUCGGGAAGAAACAGGUCCCCUGCUUUGCUUCCAUGCUCACCAGGAAGCUCUACUUCCGACCCAAGAAGCAGUAAGGUUUCCAUCCACUGGGCAGCUAUUACGUCAUUCCUGAAUCCUGCUGUAGUUGUUUUGAAUGUUUUUUGGGAGAAAGGUUGUCCUUGACUAUAAUGUCUGGUGGUUCUUUUUGUUAAACGUUUGUCUACAUUAUUUCGAUGUUUGUCUUGAGAACCAUGAAAUACACUUCAUCAAGCUGUGCAUAUUCCCUUUAUUCUAAUCUUUCCUAUGAAACCAAAUGGAGAUCAUGUCAUUGGCUGAUGAUCGUGUAUGCAGUGUUAUUUUAACACAUUCUGUGGUGGCAAAACUGACCUAAAACAAAGCAUGGUACUAUACUGGUGAAACCUGCUUGGCUGCUCGGCUUCAGGCUUUCCCUGUUGGUGUUGACAGAGGUCAUGGAAUGUACCCGCAGGGCAGGUAAAAGAGUGACAUGAGAAUGGUAAUUGAGCAUUAACAUUUCAAAUGACUUUAUUCUCAGUCUGUUUGUGGAUAGCUGUUUGUUAAGAGGGGAUUCUCAGUCAGUAAAGGAUUUUGCAUCUCCAGUCCCUUAAGGCCUUUCUCGAGAGAAUACUGCUAAUUCUUAGCAUUGACUAGUGGUUCCCUGGGCUUGAUUUGUUUACAUCAACUAUCUGUGUCAAAUAUACAAAGACAUGUGCACAUUGUUUGAAGGAGGAUGUGGCUCUGGGGUUAAAUCCCUACCUUGCAUCCAAAAGGUGUGGCUUUGAUCCUUAUCUCUUGUGCAAGAUUGUGCAACUGUCUUUGUCCGACAUAGGAAGAAAAGUGCCGAUUGGGGUAAAGAGUGGGUGGCUCUGGGUUUGAAUGCCUUCCUUGCAACCAAGAGGAUGUGGGUUCAUACCAUAUCAAUACCGUCCAGCACGGUGUUUCCUCCGACACAUUGGUGCGGCUGGCUUCCGGGUUGGAGGCGCGCUGUGUGAAGAAGCAGUGCGGCUUGGUUGGGUUGUGUUUCGGAGUACGCAUGGCUUUCGACCUUCGUCUCUCCCAAACCUUUAUGGGAGUUGUAGCGAUGAGACAAGAUAGUAAUUAGUAACAAUUGGAUACCACGAUAUUAGGGAGAAAAGGGGGUAAAAAAUAAAUAAUAUGUUGCCUCCCCACUUGUUUUGUCAAAAAGGGAAUUUGUGUUACUUCUCUUUGUACUUGGAUGUGCUUAGCCUUUACAACUCAAAUGUAGUUUUACAUGUUUUGAAAGCGGCAGGCUAAACGUGAACAAACAACUCCAAUGUGGAAAGUACCUCUGGGAGUCAAGUGUCUAGUGCUUCAAAGACUAAGUAAAUACUGCAAGUUUGGUCACAUGACCUACUGUACUACUCUGACUCAGGAAAACCAGUCCUAUACAUUGUUUACUGCCACUAUGGUGCCUUUGUUUUUGUCCUUCAAAUCAAUGGCCUUUUAAUUAACUAUUUAAAAAAUUACAGCUUUUUACCAUUGUUCUUUAUUGAGGGUAUUUGACAACUGUUUUCAACUUAAGAUCACUUUAUUGGUCAAUUACACCCCCCCACAUUCCAUCUGGGCUGGGAUUGGAAACCCUCCGGUUGCUGGCUCGCAUCUCUAACCACCUGGCUACCUGCCGCUCCAAUACUGAACAACUUUAACAGUACCAAUCUUUUUAAAUACCAUUUUUUGUACACCACAUGACUACAGACAUAUUCUUCAGCCAGAAAAUAUGCGCAAGUGUGCAUUAUAUAACUCAGAUAAGACAACUCAGGGUACCAAUCAACCGACCAUCUCAUGUUUAAAAAAUAAAUAAUUGUUAGUCACCUGGGAGAUAUUUACUAAAGCAAUGACAAUGCAUGAGGUAUUACUCAUUUGUAUGUGAACCUGAGUGCUGGACACCAAUUCAUGUUUCUAUUUCUGAAUUGUUCAAGAAAAUGAGGACCAUUUUAGUCUCCAUGGGUGAAUAUAAGGAACCACUGCUUAGUAAGAGUAAUGUACUUUUCUUGUGGUCCACCGGGGAAAUGUAUCUCUGACCUUUUGGGAGAUUGGGUUUGCACUAAUAGCAUUUGGAGAGGUGCGUGGGACUCCUAUUGAGUUAGAAUCUCUCAUUUAUAAAAUGACAGUUGUAAAACUGUUGAAGUAUGUUUGGGGUUUUGAUGAUUGAAACAAAAGUCUGAAUUGAGGUGCAAUAAAAUAUUGAAAUGUCA